AUCAGCUGUUACCGAUGCCGCCGUUCGUCACGAAAGACGUCACGGCCGGCCGGCGGCUCCAUUCGCGUAUAAAUGAAGAAGAAGCAUAAGCGGCAGCAUUAAUUUCAAGGGCUUGUUCGAAGGAGGAGUUGCAGAAUUCAUGGAUGAUCUUCGAGUCCUUCUCGUGACUUUUCCGGCCCAAGGCUUCAUCAACCCAUCUCUCCAAAUGGCCAAGCGCCUCGCCUCCAUGGGCCUCACCGUCACUUUCGUCACCGCCGCCUCCGCCCUCAACCGCAUGGCCAAAGCCACCGCCACUCCUCCGGCGGGCUUGACCUUCGCCCCCUUAUCAGACACCGACUUGGAUCUCGACGGCGAUUUAGAAACCUACCUGAUUGAGCUCCGGCGUCCGGGGUCGGAGGCCGUGGCCGAGAUCAUCACAUCCGCCGCCGGGAGCGGCCAGCCUUUUAACCUCGUCGUCUACACCUUGCUCCUCCCAUGGGUGGGCCAAAUCGCUGGUUCUCUUAAUCUUCCGUCGAUAUUUCUCUGGGUUCAACCCGCUGCCCUCUUUGGACUUUACUACCAUUACUUGAACGGCUACGGGGACGCCAUUAGAGAGAUUAUCAGUGACCCUUCACUGUUCGUCGACUUGCCAGGAUUACCUCGCCUCCAUAACUGCGAUCUUCCCUCUUUCAUACGCGCUUCAAACGUCAAUAGUGUUCCAAUUCCACAACUUCGAGAGCAUCUAGAUGUUGUUGCCACAGAAAGAAACCCUAAAAUUCUUGUCAACUCAUUCGAUGCAUUGGAACCGGAGGCGCUCAGAGUGAUCGAGAACAUCGACUUGGUCGCCGUCAGACCGCUAAUCCCGUCGGCUUUCUUGGACGGCAAGGAUCCGUCUGACACUUCAUUUGGAGGAGACCUCUUUCACAAUAGAUUACAAAACUACAUGGAAUGGCUGAAUUCAAAGCCCAAGGAAUCCGUUGUUUACGUGUCGUUCGGAAGCGUCGUGGUUCUAUCGGAUAAGCAGAAGGAGGAACUUGCUCGAGGGCUGCUGGAGAGCCGCCGGCCGUUCUUGUGGGUGAUGAGAGGAUCGGAAAAAGGCGAGAAGCUGAGCAGAAAGGAGGAACUGGAAGAGCAUGGAAUGAUGGUGCCGUGGUGUUCCCAGGUGGAGGUUCUGCAACACCCAUCGCUGGGAUGCUUCGUCAGCCACUGCGGCUGGAAUUCAACCGUUGAAAGCUUGGUUUCCGGCAUCCCGGUUGUGGGUUUUCCGCAGUGGUACGACCAGGCGACGAACGCGAAGCUUGUUGAAGAUGUUUGGAUGACGGGAAAAACAGUGGGAAAGAACGAGGAAGGGGUAGCUGAAAGCGGGGAGAUCAAGAGAUGCAUAGAAAUGGUGAUGGAAGGUGAGGAGAUGAGAAGGAAUGCCAAGAAGUGGAAAGAUUUGGCUAAGGAAGCUGCCAUAGAAGGUGGGUCGUCGGACUUGAAUCUCAAGGCGUUUAUCGCCCAUGUGAAGGCUGAGAUUCGAGGCUGAAUCAUUUUCCCGGAAAAUGGCCGAGAAUUUCUUCUCGUUUUGCUUGGAAAUUUUCGUGGAAAAAUAAAUGUUAUUUAAGGCUA